AAGCAGUUUUAUGCUCGUCGCUACUUGCGGUAUUUCUGUUUGCAAUCAUCUUUGCUUCAAUCUCUCCGCACGGCAUAGUAUCAAGUUUUUUUUUCUCACCAGAUGAGAUUCGUCGUCGAUCGCAUCUUUCGAAGUUGACGAGUCGCGCAAGUCUUCGUUCGUACCUUUCGCCGUUUUGGACGUCGCUUUUUUGUGUUAUUUAUUCCUUUUUUUUAGCGAAAAUUCGCUCGUCAUAACCUAGAUUUAGUAUAGACAGCACAACGAGACAUAAACGUCCGAGAAUGAGCGACGAGAGACAGCAACCCAGUGAAAUGGAAGUGGACGACGCGAACAACGGCGCGUCCAGUGCCGAGACCACGACGAUGGACAUCGCGCAGCAACCCGAGGCCUUCGCCGGCACCAGUGGUGGCAGCUACAACACCGAGCUCUCGGGUGUCAACAGCAAUGCCCGCGUCAUGGCAUCGUCCGGCACCGUGGGCUCGGUCUCCAUCAGCCUUCAUCCCCUUGUUAUCAUGAAUGUCAGCGAACACUGGACUAGGCUCAGAGCCCAGGAGGGUAGCGACCAGCUUGUUUAUGGAGCUCUCAUUGGAAAACAGAAAGGACGCAAUAUUGAAAUUAUGAAUUCGUUUGAAUUAUUAUUUAAUGUUAUCGAAGAUAAUGUUGUUAUUGAUAGAGAUUACUAUAAUACAAAAGAAGAGCAAUUUAAACAAGUUUUUAGUGAAAUGGAUUUUCUCGGAUGGUAUACUACUGGUAAUAUGCCAACAGAAAGAGACAUCAAAGUACACAAGCAGAUCUGUGAAAUAAAUGAAAGUCCAGUCAUGUUAAAACUAGAUCCUAGAGCAAAAAAUAAUGAUCAAUUACCUGUAUCUAUAUUCGAAUCAGUUAUUGAUUUAGUAAAUGGUGAAGCUACUAUGUUGUUUGUACCAUUAACAUACACUUUAGCUACAGAAGAAGCUGAAAGAAUUGGAGUUGACCACGUUGCUAGAAUGUGCACGAAUGAUCAAGCAGAAAGCUCACUAGUGGCAGAGCAUUUAGUGGCACAACAUAGCGCAAUUAAAAUGUUACACUCAAGAGUUAAAUUGGUUUUAAAGUAUGUCCAAGCCGUAAAAAGUGGUGAGCUACAAGGAAAUCAUGAAGUUCUAAGAGCUGCAUGUUCACUGAGUCAUAGAUUACCAGUCUUGAAUAAUCCUAAAUUUAAAGCAGACUUUUACAAUCAAUGUAAUGAUUUUGGUCUUAUGACAUACCUCGGAAUCAUAACCAAAGGCUGUAACGAUACACACCAAUUUGUGCAAAAGUUCAAUGUAUUGCACGAGAGAUCAGGACCUAGACGUCGUUUUCGGAGUCUUUUCUUCUGAUAGCGUCAUGUAAAGUUUAGUUUAUUUUUCCAAAUGUUAAUUUUACUUUAUUGCUACUAUUUUACAUAAAUAGAAUUUAAACAAAUUUUUAUGGUAUUCCUUGAAACAAGGAGUUUUUGCUUUAUUUAGCGUAAAAAUGAUGAAUGAUAACUUCCACAAAGCUGGUCAUUCGAUUUGGAGAAAAUUUUUGUAUUUACUUUCAAUCUUUUAUUAAAAUUUAUUUCCUAAUGGAAGAUAAAUACGGUUUUGCAAAAUCAGAUGAACACUGCUAUGUGAUAAUCAAUAAAAGCUGUGAUUUACUGGUUAAUGACUUUUUCAUUUUGAGUGUAGAUCACUUAACAAUAAAAAUAUUGCUCUGACGAUUUAUCACAAUUGAUAUAAAAUCAUAUCUUCCACUAUUGAUUUAUUAAAGAUGAAGAUUGCAUUUAACUGUAGAAUUGCUGUAAUUUUAUUCACUGUUCAAUAACAUCGCAAAACAAUUAUUGCAUAGAUAUCGUCAAAAUUUAUUCUUUGACGAUAAAAAAUUCUUUACCAUACAAUAAGGUUUUUCAAAUCACGGUAAUUUAUAUAAUUUGUCAUUUUUUACCACAACUUGUUAUGUACGUACUGUGCAAAAUAUUUUCAAUAAAAUUAAUGUACAUUACUUUCAUGCACAUUUUUUAUCUUUUGA